UCUGAGUCAGUUAUGAGUUUAGUUUCAGUGUAGAAAUGGACUUGUGACCUUAUUUGACGGUGAGAGUCUAUUUAGUCUUCAUCAUAUCAGCCGCCAGCCGACCUUCUCAACCACCAUUCAACAUUUGAAAGAAGAGGUCGAGCCGAUUUCUAUAUUAGAACACUACCAACACGCAUUUCUAUAGAUAGCUCUCUUCAUCAUAGGAAUUGGACAAUUGCUGUUGUGACUAGAUUCAAAUUUGAGAAGAUCAACAGCUGAUAUUGUCCGACUGAAGCAGAGUGCUAUUUUGAACUAACUGACAGUCUGAAAAAUACCUGACGAGAACAAAAGAGAAGCAGAAUACAUGCUAUUAAAGCCACUUCCAAUAGUUCCAAUUACAUUAAUCAGUGCCAUUAGUUUCGAUCUUGGAUUUGCAGACAGCAUUUAACUAGAUGCCAUAUCACUUUAAUUAUAGUUAUAAUACUUCGUGCCAUUGGUUAUGAACUCAUGAUCUGAAGACAGUCGAAUAAUAACUAAUAAUCUUCUGCCUAAUAAUAGGUUAAUGAAGUGAAGACUCAUCUUAUUUAUUCAUCCAGUUGGUUGUUAUUAGUUAGCUCCCAACAUAGACCCGCUAUUGCGUCAUUCCUUCUGAAAUUUCCAUUAUCGGACUUGCCGCAAUUCUCUUCUAGUAUUUGUUUGCAGCGGGCGAGCAAAAAAGAAGGAAAUAUUAUUCAAAUUAUUCCACAUAACUGCAUCCAGUGUUGAAGGAGAAAAGUAUAUGCAUCUCUUCUAUCUCUUGAACGAGUAUUGUCUUUAGCUGUGGGUUUGUGCAGUGGGUUAUUGUGAAUUUGUGAAGGUAUUUGCCAUUAUACUAAUAGUCUGCAGUUACUCUCUUUCCCAUUAUGGCCCCUGUUGUGCUUGCUCUUGACCAAAUAUUGGCCUCGUAAAGUCCCACACUGGUUAAAAACAUUAAAUUGAGAAAAGACUGAAAAAAGUAGUUGAGUUGCGUACCUGCCUGCCUUAUAUAGACUUGUAUUUUUUACCUCUACGCUACAGUCAAGCAACCAUUUUAUUCAAUCGAUUAGUUCUUCCUCCGUUUACUUUAUAAGCUCCAAAAUUCUCUCUCAGGCAUUUUAUAUUCAAUCGAUCGCAUGCUCUGAAUAAAAAAAACAGUAACUAAUUGCGCGUUGGUAACUAACUUACUUCCAAUCUAACAGCAGUCUUUUCUUUCCCAAUUAAAACUUGGCAGCUUCCUGAAAUUUUAGCUAAUUGAUUCAGCAGCGCCGGCAAUUAAAAAUUCGGAUUGAACGUUUGUAUCUGUUUGUUGUUGCCAUCGAUUCAUUCUACUCUGAAUAACUACUUUUUUAUUCAAGAACAAUUAUCAGUGGCUUCUUGUCUUCAAACUGGACUAAAAACUGGCUACACGUUUUCUAAAUCUCGAACUCAUCGAAAAAAAUACUUAUUUGAAAGAUAUCUUUGUUCUGUAACUCGCACUACAAUAAAAACCAGUGACUAAAUUGGCCAAACUUGGUUCACAUAGCGUUUGAAAAAUCGAAUGACUUAUUGAGUCAUUCGAACAACAAAUUUGAUUUGCUUCACCACCGAAUGGUAGUAUAGUCCUCUUACUCAACCGCGCCACCAUUCGUUAGCUGAAUUCCGGAGUAAUAGAUCAUUUGACUAAAAUUGACAAAUAUUUCCUUUUUCUGUCUGAAUUGAGGAAAGGUAGUUUGCAAUUGCGAUUAUCCAUAUCCAAUUCUACUUACUAUUCAAAAAGAGAUCGGGUCUUCAGUCUAAAAGAUCCGAAACUGAAAUUUAUUGCUAGUUCAGUUGGUGCCUAAUUGUGGAUUGGUUUGAAUCGAAUUGAAUUUAACUCCUAUUUGUUUAGAAUUCGUGUUAGUUUGUGAAUUUCUAAUUUUUAUACUUCUAGUUCUACCUUCCAUUUUUUCUGUAAUUGAAAUUGUUAUUUUCCAACUUUUUAUAUCUUGCUCGAGUAAAUUAGUCUUAUCUAUUUAUCAUAACUCAGAGCAUAAAAUUAUAUUUCUACGAAUUACUCGCAUCUGCCUCUAGUUAGUUAUAUCUAGUUCUAACCGGGUAGUUAUAACAAUGGCAACUGUCGUGGACUCUCAAGUGGCUGUCUUUGGUGCUCUCUGUCUCAUGCUCCAGUUUUUCAUCAUUCCCUUCCUCGCCAGAAAAUGUCUGGGGGAGUUGAAGCCGAUGAAGAUGUUCGACGUGACUGAGUGCAGCAUGUCUUUGAUCAUGUCUGCUCUAGUGAGUGUGUGUUCUUGUGUGUCUCUGGCGAACAGUGAGGACAUACACGAGUAUCCAUGGUUCCAGAGUGCCUGCCAGAUCCUCAUCUGCUACCUAUUGUCUCACAUGCUCUUCUGCAUCUACCACGAGGGCUUCCUCUCUCCCAAGAUCAGAGUGUGGAUUGGUCAUCAUACAGUGUCCAUCAUAGCCAUCAGCAUCUUGUUGACGAUGCCGAUUGAGAAUGUGUUGGUCGCGAAUGUGGGCAGUGUGUUCAUGGAGCUGUCCAACCCCUUCACCAAUGCAGUCUUCCUCCUCCAACACGUGGGCUACAAUCUAGACAACUCCAUCCUCUUCGUCAUUUUAUGUGCCCUAUGGAUUGCCACUUUCAUAUUGUGUAGACUGAUUCCGAUGCCCUACAUAUUCUACAUCUACGUGGACUGCUACCUCCUAGACAACAGUGUGGCCAUGUGCACUGACAAGACAUUCACCCUCCCCCUCCUUCUCAUGUUCACCACAAUAUCCACACUCAAUCUAUUCUGGUUCUCGCAGAUGAUGAGCGGGUGUGUGUCAUUCCUGUUUGAGAACAACAAGACAGAGGAGGGCAAGUCGAAGACGAAGAGUCCCCUGGACGACUACAAGACCGAAUGACAGCCCCCCGCUCCCCCCCCCCCCCCGAACGAAGAGAUUAUUAUAGAACGUGAACAACAAAAAAUGGGGGAGAGCAGAAAAGGAAGUGUGAUUUAAUAGAAUUAGGCACUAGUGCUUGCGUCAUAAAACCACAGAAAACCAUAGGCGAAGAGCAGAGAGUUGGAGAAAUACGGAAGAAAGUAGAAGAAAAUACGCUUAAAAUUAAUUUGAACAGAAAGACGAAAACAACCCGUUCGAGUUCUAAUUUAGAUCUAAUUUUAUUCUACAAGUAGAAGGAGAGAUAAAAGAUGUUUUUAAAUUGUUUACACUUAUUGUCAGUUAUCACUGAGUUGUUAUAGUACCGCUAAACAGGUCACUGUUGUUUAAUUCCCAGUCUCAAAUAAAGAAAUGAAUUCAAU